CUUUUUCCCCCUUGUCGUCCUCCUGCUCGCCGGCAGCGGCGGGUCCGGGCCCCGGGGGAUCCAGGCUCUGCAGUGUGCAUGUACCAGCUGCCUGCAGGCCAACUACACAUGUGAGACAGAUGGGGCCUGCAUGGUCUCCAUUUUCAACCUGGACGGGAUGGAGCACCACGUGCGCACCUGCAUCCCCAAGGUGGAGCUGGUCCCCGCUGGAAAGCCCUUCUACUGCCUGAGCUCCGAGGAUCUCCGCAACACCCACUGCUGCUAUACCGACUUCUGCAAUAGGAUCGACCUCAGGGUGCCCAGCGGUCACCUCAAGGAGUCUGAGCACCCUUCCAUGUGGGGCCCCGUGGAGCUGGUAGGCAUUAUUGCUGGCCCCGUGUUCCUCCUGUUUCUCAUCAUCAUCAUUGUUUUCCUUGUCAUUAACUAUCAUCAGCGUGUCUAUCACAACCGCCAGAGACUGGAUAUGGAAGAUCCCUCUUGUGAGAUGUGUCUCUCCAAAGACAAGACACUCCAGGAUCUGGUCUACGAUCUCUCCACGUCAGGGUCUGGCUCAGGGUUACCCCUUUUUGUCCAGCGCACCGUGGCCCGAACCAUCGUUUUACAGGAGAUUAUUGGCAAGGGCCGGUUUGGGGAAGUGUGGCGUGGCCGCUGGAGGGGUGGUGAUGUGGCCGUGAAGAUUUUCUCUUCUCGGGAAGAACGGUCUUGGUUCCGGGAAGCAGAGAUCUACCAGACAGUCAUGCUGCGCCAUGAAAACAUCCUUGGGUUUAUUGCUGCUGACAAUAAAGAUAAUGGCACCUGGACCCAGCUGUGGCUCGUCUCAGACUACCAUGAGCACGGCUCCCUGUUUGAUUACCUGAACCGAUACACGGUGACGAUCGAGGGGAUGAUUAAGCUGGCCUUGUCUGCGGCCAGCGGGUUAGCACACCUGCACAUGGAGAUUGUGGGUACCCAAGGGAAGCCUGGAAUUGCUCAUCGAGACUUAAAAUCAAAGAACAUCCUGGUGAAGAAAAAUGGCAUGUGUGCCAUUGCAGACCUGGGCCUGGCUGUUCGCCAUGAUGCGGUCACGGACACCAUCGACAUUGCCCCAAAUCAGAGGGUGGGCACCAAACGGUACAUGGCCCCUGAAGUGCUCGAUGAGACCAUCAACAUGAAGCACUUUGACUCCUUCAAGUGCGCAGAUAUCUAUGCCCUCGGGCUCGUGUAUUGGGAGAUUGCUCGAAGAUGCAAUUCUGGAGGAGUCCAUGAAGAGUAUCAGCUACCAUAUUAUGACUUAGUGCCCUCUGACCCUUCCAUUGAGGAAAUGCGAAAGGUCGUAUGUGACCAGAAGCUACGUCCCAACAUCCCCAACUGGUGGCAGAGUUAUGAGGCACUGCGGGUGAUGGGGAAGAUGAUGCGAGAGUGCUGGUACGCCAACGGCGCGGCCCGCCUGACCGCCCUGCGCAUUAAGAAGACCCUCUCACAGCUCAGCGUGCAGGAGGAUGUGAAGAUCUAAGCCUCUCCCCCCACACACGCAGCCCUGGCAGCGGGAACUACACACUCAGCUGCCGCAAUGAGCGUACGAAGGAGGCCUACCUCUCGUUUCUGCCCAGCCCUCUGUGGCCAGGAGCCCUGGUCUGAAAGAGGGACAGAGCCCGGGAGACUCCCUCACUCCCAUGUUGGGUUUGAGACACAGACACCUUUUAUAUUUACCUCCUAACGGCAUAGAGACUCUGAGAGCGGAUGGUGUGCAGAACUCGAUGCCACAACUCAGACUGGCUGUAGUGGGAAGUCCCGCAAAACCCGGUGCAUCUGGCGGAUGGCCAGGGCGGCGACAGGCCCGGGAGGACCCUGGGGAAGCCGAGCGUUGCCUUUGCUGAGCAGCACCGGUGGGGUCCUCCAGGGACCAACUCCGGUGGCUCUCUGCGGUAGCCCAGAGGAGCCAAGUACAGACCCUGCCACCGGCAGCUCUGGGCCGCGUGCCCCCCUCCCAUCUCACGCGGGACUCCGGAGGGCCCGCCAGCCGAGACGGGGCCUGCCACCUGUCUGUCCAGCUGUGUGUGCAUGUGCCGAGGUGCGUCCCCUGUUGUGCCUGGUCCGUGCCACGCCCUUACACGUGUGUGUGUGCGUGUGUGUGUCUGUAGGUGUGCACUUACCUGCUUGAGCUUUCUGUGCAUGUGCAGGUCGGGGUGUGGUCGUCCUGCCGUCUCUGCGUGCUGGUGCCUCUGUCUGGUAGUGAGCAGCGUCUCGUCGCCCUGGUGCCCUUCCCGGAGAUCUCUCCCCUGGCCCCUUCCCCCCAGAUCCCCCACACCACGGUGGGACCCCCUUCCCAGCAGGCUGCUCUGCCCGCCCAUGUGUCAGCACCUCCAUUUCAGACCUCGAACCAAAGCUGGCCCAGCUGUCCAUGGCGGGUGGGGGACGAUUUGGGGUCCAAAUGUGA